UAGUUUUUGUUUGUUUCUUAUUUUCGUUUCUCGAUCUUUCUUUUUCUCUCUCACACAAGCACAAGAACUGUAAAUCAGAGUUAAGGCAAAGCCAAGCAGGGCAUUGUCACUCAAACUCAACUCAACAACACAAGGGAUACAAAGAUGAACAGCUUUAUUGUUUUAGAAAAAGAAAGCUAAAGAUCUCUGGCCGACUGGCCCUUGAAAUUUGCAUCCCUUCUAUUUACAUACACUCCUCAGUCGGGUCGUCGCCUUUUUUACCCCAUUUAAACUCUUUUUCUCUUCUCCUUCUUCCACUGGAAAAUUUUUCUACCUUUAACCCACUUCACUAAUAGAGUCGUUUAAGUUUAGGUUUGCCAAAGUAAAUGCAUGGAUCGAAGGGACGCUAUGGCUUUACCUGGGUCAGCCUCUUACUAUAUGCAACAAAGAGGAAUGACUAAUUCUGGGAUGGGAGCACAACAUAAUCUACAUGGAUCACCCAGCAUUCAUGCAUUAUCUAAUCCAAAUUUACAGUUUCCAUCCAAUAUUGGAGGCACUUCUCUUGGCGCAACAUUACCAGUAGAGCCUUCAUCAGCAAUUCCACCUCAUGGUGUCAGUGUUGGUGCUUCUUCUGGCUUGCCACAAAGUGAGCUUCCUAAGAGGAAGAGAGGAAGGCCCCGGAAAUAUGGGGCUGAUGGAAAUGUGUCAUUGGCAUUAUCCCCUGCUGUGUCUACUCAGCCUGGUAACUUAAGACCAACCCAAAAGCGGGGCAGAGGGCGACCUCCUGGAACUGGAAGAAAACAACAAUUAGCUUCACUUGGUGAAUGGCUGUCUGGCUCAGCUGGGAUGGGCUUCACUCCACAUAUCAUCACUGUUGCAGUAGGAGAAGACAUUGCCACAAAACUAAUGUCGUUUUCACAACAAGGGCCCAGAGCAAUAUGUGUCUUAUCAGCUAAUGGUGCUGUCUCUACUGCAACUCUCCGGCAGCCAGCAACUUCUGGUGGCUCUGUAACUUAUGAGGGGCGUUUUGAGAUAUUGUGUCUGUCAGGCUCCUACCUGCUCACUAGUAGUAGUGGCCCCCGCAACCGAAGUGGUGGUCUGAGUGUCUCUCUUGCUAGUCCUGAUGGUCGUGUCAUCGGUGGAGGAGUUGGGGGAAUGCUUAUUGCAGCAAGCACUGUUCAGGUAAUAGUGGGGAGUUUCUUAUGGGGAGGUCUAAAGACAAAGAAUAAGAAAGGGGAAAUUCCAGAAGGUGUGAGGGACAGAGAACAUCAGACAAUCGACAAUCCAGUGACUUCAACCAGUAUUCCUUCAAGUCAUAAUCUCACUCCAUCUUCUUCAGUUGGUGUAUGGCCUGGUUCAGGGCCAAUGGAUAUGCACAAUCCCCAUGUUGACAUCGAUUUAAUGCGUGGGUAAUUUCACAAGCAAUGUAUAUAUUCUGUGCCACACUUAAAUCUGAUUUAUGACUGUAGAAUCCAAUUCUCACUUAAUGUUUUUCAUCACAGAUGAUGUUUUGUACUCAUAUUUGUAGCUUAAUGACAGUUCCCUUCAAAACUCUAGUGCUCACAAGUUCAAAUUCUAACAGUUUGUUAAUAGGAGGGUUGAUAUUAGGAGAAGGGAAGCAUUUAAUCUAAAACUCAUCAUUCUAUUA